AUGGCUGCACUGUUUGUGAAAGAUCUUCACCCUGAAGUAUCAGAGGUGAUACUUUCUAAUAGAUUUAGACCUGCAGGACACGUCCAAUCUGUCCACAUUUGCAGGGACAGGAAGAUCGGCUCUCUUCUCGGAUACGCGUACAUCAACUUUCGCUAUCGAGAUGACGCUGAGAGAGCCAUUGACAUGUUCAAUUUUGAACUCCUCCUGGGGAGACCCAUGCGUGUCAUGUGGUCUAACUGGGAACCCACCGCCAAGCCCAUCAAGGGAGGGAACAUAUUCAUCAGGAACCUUGAUUGGUCCAUUGACUGCACCUCCCUGUUUGACACUUUCUCUGUGUUCGGGAGGAUCGUGUCAUGCAAGGUUGUGGAAUCAAAAGGUUAUGGGUACGUUCAGUACGAGUCAGCGGAGGCGGCGGCGCUGGCCAUCGAACGGCUGAACGGAAAACUCCUGAACGACCGGCAAGUGUUUCUUGCUGCCCCUGCAGGGGAGCUUGAGGUAGUUGCAAUAGCCAUUGCUGAGGCAGAGCUUGUGGCCGAGAUUGAGCACAGGAACAGACACUGA